UUAUUAUUAUUAUUUUCUUAAUCACGAGCUUUGAAUGAAAGCCAGUCAAAGAGAGAGCUCCCCCCUAAGCAUUGGUUCCCUGCUGUCCAGAAUUAAGUGAUGCUGUGAGAAGAAGCUGAGUUAGAUUCAAGUAGGAUCAGUCUUAGAAAAUAACAGCAGAAAACAAACAAAAAAGGAAAGAUAGUAGGAAAUUCUCCAGCGUUGUUUGAGUUGGACACUACCACACUUACUCAGAAGCAGAAUAAAAGGAUUUGGUGGAAUAUGUGUGGAAGGGAGAUGAACUACUGGAAAUCACUUGGCGACACUGCCAACUAAAAAGACAUAAAAAGGUAAUCCAGGAAAACAACACUAUUGACCCCACAACCAUCUGGCUUGGAGGACAGACAGCAGGGGAGAACUAUGAUAAUACAACAAGUCUUACUGCUACUGCUGCUCUGGAUGUGUCUGCCACAUUCCUGCUAUGCAGAAAUGCUGUUCAGAAGGACAACUGACCACCAACCAAAAGGCUUUGUGGCACGUGUAUCCGGGAGUGAUGGAAAAGCACUUCACCGCCAGAAACGGGGCUGGAUGUGGAACCAGUUUUUCUUGCUGGAGGAAUAUACAGGCUCUGAUUAUCAAUAUGUAGGCAAGCUUCACUCUGACCAGGACAAGGGAGAUGGGUCUCUCAAGUACAUUUUAUCAGGAGAUGGGGCUGGUACUCUUUUUAUUAUUGAUGAGAAAACAGGUGACAUUCAUGCCACUCGAAGGAUUGAUAGAGAGGAGAAGGCCUUUUACACCCUUCGUGCCCAGGCUAUUAACAGAAGAACUCUGAGGCCAGUGGAGCCUGAGUCAGAGUUUGUCAUAAAAAUCCAUGACAUUAAUGACAAUGAACCAACAUUUCCAGAAGAAAUAUAUACUGCUAGUGUUCCUGAAAUGUCAGUAGUCGGUACUUCUGUGGUGCAAGUCACAGCUACUGAUGCCGAUGACCCUUCAUAUGGAAACAGUGCCCGUGUCAUCUACAGCAUACUUCAGGGACAGCCAUAUUUCUCCGUGGAGCCAGAAACAGGCAUCAUCAGGACUGCUUUGCCAAACAUGAACAGAGAAAACAGGGAGCAGUACCAAGUAGUUAUCCAGGCAAAAGACAUGGGAGGCCAGAUGGGUGGAUUAUCUGGGACCACUACGGUGAACAUCACACUGACUGAUGUUAACGACAAUCCGCCGCGAUUCCCUCAGAACACCAUCCACCUCCGCAUUCCAGAAUCUUCCCCAGUUGGCACUGCCCUUGGCAGUGUAAAAGCCACUGAUGCCGACAGGGAAAAUGCAGAAAUGGAAUACAGAAUAGUUGAUGGUGAUGGAACAGAUAUGUUUGACAUUGUGACACGAAGGACACACAGGAACGGCAUCAUAACUGUGCACAAGCCACUGGACUAUGAGACCAGAAGGCUUUAUACACUGAAAGUAGAGGCUGAGAAUACCUAUGUGGAUCCACGAUUUUAUUAUCUUGGGCCUUUUAAAGAUACUACAAUUGUAAAAAUCUCCGUGGAAGAUGUGGAUGAACCUCCUGUCUUCAGCAGAUCCUCUUACCUUUUUGAGGUGCAUGAAGAUAUCGAGGUGGGGACAAUCAUAGGAACUGUGAUGGCACGGGAUCCUGAUUCUGCUUCAAGCCCUAUCAGAUUUUCUUUGGAUCGUCAUACUGAUCUUGACAGAAUAUUUAAUAUACACUCUGGAAAUGGAUCCAUCUACACUUCCAAACCACUUGACCGCGAGAUAUCACAGUGGCACAAUCUUAGUGUUAUAGCAGCCGAGAUCAACAAUCCCAAGAUACCACUCGUGUUUCUGUUUAUGUUCGAAUUUUGGAUGUUAAUGACAACGCCCCACAGUUUUGCUGUAUUCUAUGAUACUUUUGUAUGUGAAAAUGCCAGAGCUGGACAGCUAAUACAGACCAUAAGUGCAGUAGACAAAGAUGACCCCCUUGGAGGACAAAAAUUUUUCUUCAGUUUAGCUGCUGUUAACUCAAACUUUACUGUUCAAGAUAAUGAAGAUAACACUGCCAGAAUUUUGACAAGAAGAAAUGGCUUCAGUAGACAUGAAAUAAGCACCUAUUUCCUGCCAGUGGUGAUAUCGGACAAUGACUACCCAAUCCAGAGUAGCACUGGCACUCUGACAAUUCGAGUGUGCACCUGUGACAACCGUGGUAACAUGCAGUCCUGUAAUGCUGAGGCCUUGCUCCUUCCUGCUGGCCUGAGCACUGGUGCUCUAAUUGCUAUUCUCCUCUGCAUCAUUAUACUUCUAGUUAUUGUGGUGCUAUUUGCUGCUCUGAAGAGGCAGCGAAAGAAAGAGCCUCUGAUUCUGUCUAAAGAGGACAUCAGAGACAACAUUGUGAGUUACAAUGAUGAAGGCGGUGGAGAGGAAGACACUCAAGCUUUUGAUAUUGGCACACUGAGAAAUCCUGCAGCUAUUGAAGAUAAGAAGCUUCGACGAGAUAUUAUUCCUGAAACAUUAUUUAUACCACGGAGGACUCCUUCAGCACCAAAUAAUACAGAUGUCCGAGAUUUCAUUAACCAAAGGCUAAAGGAGCAUGAUACUGAUCCCUCUGCACCGCCAUAUGAUUCACUUGCAACCUACGCCUACGAAGGAAAUGAUUCUAUAGCUGAAUCCUUGAGUUCCUUAGAGUCAGGUACUACUGAAGGAGACCAAAACUAUGAUUACCUCAGAGAAUGGGGCCCUCGGUUUAAUAAGCUAGCUGAAAUGUAUGGUGGAGGAGAAAGUGACAAAGACAUUUCUUAACCUCCAAUAGGGUCCAUUUGAGAGGAAGUAAUUUUACAGGCACCUUCUCCACUCAACAAUAUUUAACAUUCAAGAAAAUUUUCCUGCCACUCAGCACAAUGGUUUUCUUUCUAAUUUGUUCAUUGUCAUUCAUUCUUUCUAGUAGGAUAUCAUGGAAUAUAUACAGCAUUUUAUUUAAUCCCCUUCCAAGAGCCAAAGCUAUGGAAAUUCAGUGUUGUCCAUUUUAGUAAGUAAAAGUAUUUUCAGAAGCUUGAACAGGGUGAUAUUCCCUUAAGCAACCUCAUGUACAAGCCGCUUUUGUUAGGUACAUGUCCUACCCUUGCAAGUGCAGCUUUUAAGAAGGCAAAGAAAAAAAAGUAUGUCCAAUUCUGUACAUUAAAAUUAAAAAAAAAUGUACAUGUGGUGUUAAUAAGUGUGAUAUGCAGCUGGUUUAAAAAAAAGUUUGUGCAACUUCAUUUCAUCAAAUUCUAU